GACUAAAACAUUUUUAAAGUACGAUGCGUUCCUUUAUGUUCUCUGCUUCAUUCCAAUAACAGUCUCUAAGAUUAUAUCUGUUUAAGUACCAACUGUAAAAUGCGUUCUAUUUUUUCAGAUUAGCGUUAUACUCUUUAAUUGUUUACACGACUUAGGAAUAUUAUUUCGAUUUUAAGCAAUUUCAGUUGAAAUGUGGAAGAAAUUUGUAUUUAAACUAAUGAUUGUUUUGAUUAUAGCGUACACAAUUGUAAGCUUUUCAAAUUUCAAUAUUAUUAGGUAUAAAAACAUUCCUGUUACAAAUACUUCCAGGAUCUUAGCAAAAGAAACGAUGUUAACAUUAGUGAAAAAUGCAAUUUUAACUGAAGUUGACAGCAAAAGCUGUUUUAAAAGCAUAGCAACAGACAAUGCGAUAUUAGUAUACUCGGCUUACCUCGAAACAAGGCCAUACAUUUUGCGAGUGAUUGGUAUAACAAGACUGAGAAACAACUCCAAUGUGCGGUGUAUCCUUCAUUAUAAACAUACUAAUACAUUUCUGUUCACCGAUGGGAAAAUUAAACGUAUACCCGAACAUCACAGAAAGAGGUACACCGCAAUGUUCAUUCUAUGCAAUAUGACGGGGACCGAUGCUCCGGAUGCAGUUUCGUUCUAUUACGAGAAAUCAUUACUACAUCUUCCUCAUGAAGUUACAGUUGUAAAAACUACUCAACAUUUUCCGAAGCUCAAGUUUAGUAUGUGUGUUUCACCGUUACAUUCAAUGUUCAAUGAUACGACACAGCUUAUAGAAUGGAUUGAACUCAAUUGGCUUCUCGGAGUAGAAAGAUUUAUGUUUUAUAUAAACAGUAUUUCGCAAAAUGUAUCAAGAGUUCUAGAAUAUUACAAGCGCAAAGAAAUUGUACAAUUAAUAAUUUGGAAAAUUCCAAAAUAUUUAGAGGAUGAUGUGCAUUAUUAUGGACAGCUUGCUGCACUUAAUGACUGCCUUUAUAGAAACAAGGGCAAAAGUAUUUAUCUGUCAUCCACCGACUUAGAUGAGUUUAUCAUUCCACAAAAACCGGAGCACUUCACGUGGUCCGAUAUGAUGGAUGAUCUUCCGCUUUAUAGCGUGUACAUAGUCCGAAGCUCGUUUUUUAGCUGCUCUAAACAACAAUUAUGUAAACAUGGAAUGACAAUUGAUUCCUACAACGUACGAGACAAUAUAAUUUUACGACGUCAUGUAAGAUCCAAGUACAUAUGCAAAACAAGCGAAGUAAUUGUGAUGGGUGUCCAUUAUGCAUGGGAGAUUCACAAUGGUGGUGAAUACACUUUUGAGCCAGAAGUAGCGUUAUUGCAUCACUACAGAAGGUUAAGUACAUUUUACACUUUACAGGAACCGAAGAAGGUACUGCAUUCUUGUGCAAGGAAAUACAGUGCUUAUCUUAAAAGAAAUAUAUUUAAAGUUAUUCCAGAAAUAUUCAAUAAAAGAGCUAGUCAAUUGUGACUCUGACUGUCAUAUUUUAACAAUUUCUUUUAAAAUAUCUAAAACUAAAACAGUGUGGAAAUCAAAUUUGUUUUCUAGAAGAAACAUUGUUAAAAUAUUCUUAUUGAAUAUAUUGUGUUUUAUUUUCUAUUUUAUUUCAUCAUGUAAUUGUUUUGUUCUUUUCAUAUUUCUAUCCCACUAUUAACAGUUUUUGUUAUUACCCCUCACUUUUUUCGUAAUGCUAAUUUCCCAUAGGCCUCUGGGAGUUAUUUUUACUGUUAAUGCAAGUGUACCACGUGACUAAGAAUUUUGUACCGUUACAUAGGUAACAGUAUUUUUAACAGUAUAAUAUCUGGUCACGUGGUCUAUUUUCUAAAUAAGAUGAAAUAAAAUGGCCGCCAUUUUAUUCUCGAUUCAUUCUUAUUUUCGACGUUAAACCCAGAUAGGACAUCAAUUUCUUCUCUGGAGUAACUUUGACACCCAUAAAAUUUAGUUGUUCGCACCCUGGUGUGCUUUUCGUGUAUAAAAUAUCUUUUUUGUUGAAUAGUCAAAAAGUGAACAUCCGUUUUCAACGGAAGUACUUGCAAUGUAAAUAAUUUUGUGUCAACCUGGAACAUGCAGACGAUUUAAGCAUGCAACAAAGGAUUAUUUAACAAUUUUAAUCAGUGAAACGUUACAGGUAUGAUGGACAGACAUAGGAUGUCAUCGUUAUUUUGUCAAAAACCAUGCUAAGAAUAUUCUGGAAACAGAAGGAUCAGAUUUCACAGAUCAUAACCGUGUAAAUGGGUUAGUGUUUUGUUUUCUAAAUAAAACAUAGCUUAUUUUAUGUUUAUGACUUGUAGAUAUCAUCACUUGCAUAAAGAAUAAAAGAAAAAGAAAACUUCUGAAGUAGGCCUAAAGUACUCUUAAAACUUAAAGGGUAAGGAUAGUUUAGUUAUUGUUACUCUUGGUUUAUUUUGUUACAGUUCAAGAUUUUGUUGACAAUUUCAGAUCAUCGCAGUAUUGUUGUUCGGAGUAAUAAAAAAAUAACACAUGGGUUUGUGAGUAACAGUAAAAAUAUCAUCCCUCGUAAAAUACUGUUACCCUCGGCUACGCCUCAGGUAACAGUAUUUUCCUCGGGAUGAUAUUUUUACUGUUACCCACAAACCCAUGUGUUAUUUAUAUAUUAUCUUCCUUCAUUAUUUGAAUGCGCCCGCGCUUCAAAGACAAAUUUUCAUUUCAAUUCAAUAUGGUACGUUUAAGCUCUUAUUAAGCGAUAUGAAGUAUAAUGAUACUUUGUGAAAUGUUUUACUUAAUUGGAUCAAGCUUAAUGACAUGCUUAGACAUUUCCAAAAUAAAACUAAAAUAAUGAAUAUAAAAUCAUCUAUGUCUACAGACAGUACUUUAUAUAAUGACUACCGACCCAUACAGUCAUUUUACGUCGGUUUAAGCCCAAGCGUUAAUACGUUUGAUUUUGAUCUUUGAUAAUUCAUAUCGAAACACCGAAUGUAGAUGCCUAUUCAAGUUUUUUUUCGGUUGAAUUAUCACUUGUUUACCCUUAUAAAGAAAAGGCACACCGCGGAAAAGAAGUAAACCACGAAUAACGCGAACACUUUAACAUCACAAUGUUAUGUUAUUUGUUGUAUGUUUGUAAAAACAUUUUGAUGGUUUAGACCAGUUUUGAGCAGGAGAGCAGCUUUUAUGGUCAAUUCAAUCCUGCAGAAUUGUUCA